AUGCAAGUAUUUCCAUUUAAAGCCAUAAACAAAUUUAUUUUGAGUGGUGACAAUAGUCCAGUCGAAGAAGAGCAGAGUCCGCUUAAGUUACCAAAAAUUAUGUAGUCUGGACAAGCAACACACUUAAACAAAGCUAAAGAUAAAAGAAAGUCAAGAAAAGGAAGUAUUUAAGAAAUAACAGAUGAAUUACUACAAUGGAAGUAUUUUCUUGAUCAUAAAUUUCAACAUCACGACUGA